GCCGCGCCAGACCGGGCGCCGGCCAAUUGCGUGCGGGCCCCGUCGAGAGUAAUGUUAGCGAGCUGAAGACUGAAGACAUUGCGUAUCGCUGCUCCCUCAUACACAGCCAUUGCAGAGCGCUGAGAUCCAGAGACUGUCCCUCGUUGUGCACAGCCUGUUUUUACUUGCUUGCAGAUAAACUACCAUAAGGAUGGGGAAGGAUCCAACCAAGCCGAGGGGGAAGAUGUCCUCCUAUGCAUACUUUGUGCAGACCUGUCGGGAGGAGCACAAGAAGAAGCACCCUGAAGCUUCCGUUAACUUUUCCGAGUUCUCCAAGAAGUGCUCUGAGCGAUGGAAGACAAUGUCUGCCAAGGAGAAGGGCAAGUUUGAGGACCUGGCCCGAACGGACAAGGCCCGUUAUGAGAGAGAGAUGAUGAGCUAUGUCCCAGUCAGAGGAGGAGGAGGAAAGAAGAAGAGGUUCAAGGACCCCAAUGCCCCCAAGAGACCCCCAUCUGCCUUCUUCAUCUUUUGCGCAGACUUCCGCCCUAAGGUGAAAGGUGAGACCCCUGGUGCUACCAUUGGUGAUGUUGCCAAGAGGCUGGGUGAGAUGUGGAACGGCACCGCUGCAGAGGACAAGCAGCCCUACGAGAAGAAGGCUGCUAAACUGAAGGAGAAGUAUGAGAAGGAUAUCGCUGCAUACCGUGCUAAGGGCAAACCAGGCAGCGCAGCGCCAGGAAAAGCCCCGGCCAAGGCUGAGAAGAAGGUUGAAAAUGAUGAUGAUGAUGAUGAUGAAGAUGACGAGGAGGAGGAAGACGAUGAUGAUGAUGAUGACGAGUAGAUUGCGAAUGACAUAUAUAUAGUGGUCAUGUUCUUGUUUAUAAAGCAUUUAACCCCCUUGUACACACUUCACUUACUGAAAGAAAAUACGUUAGUAUCCAAGGGGUAAAAAAACAACAAAAAAGGCUGUGUAUAUCAGUUGUUUUUAUGCUGUACAGUUUUUUUCUCCUUUUUGUAUAGUUAACACUACACAAGUAUUGUGUUUGUAUCCUUCUGCCAGUCUUAUUUUUCCAGUGGUAGUUCCUGGGCCACUAUCCUGCCUGGUACAGUGUAAAGGGGUGGGCUUACAGUAUUUACCCUAGCUAGCGGUGCACAGCACAUAAAAAAUCAUUCUGAGUUAGAGCUGAGUGUUUAUUCUUUUUUUCCUUUUUCCUGUGUGUUUUUAUUUUGAAAUGACGUUAUCAAGAUUGACGUAUCACGGUUGUUUUACUGAUCCUUAUGUACCACUGUAAUAGCAAAAAUAAGAAAAAAACGCCUUGUUUAUCGUUGAAAAUUAAAUUGCUUCUGAUGUCAAUAAACUUUUUUUUUAAAUAAA